AUGGUUUCCUUAGUUUCUUCAAAUUUUUUCCUCCUUAAUUUCUUGAUUUUAUUCUUGUUUGGUGACAUUGCACAAGGUGCACUUACAUUUAAUGUGGUGCAAUUCGGUGCAAAGCCAGAUGGGCAAAGUGAUGCAACCCAGCCAUUUCUAAAGGCUUGGGCUUCGGCUUGUGCGUCAAGAAUCGCAUCGACUGUUUACGUGCCGAGAGGACGGUAUUUCAUUAGGUCGGCCGAGUUCAGGGGACCUUGCAACAAGGCUGUCAAAUUUAAAAUAGACGGCACCCUUUUAGCUCCCAUGGACUACCGGGCUCUAGGAAAUCCCGGUUAUUGGAUAUUGUUCAUUCAGGUGAACCGACUUACUGUUAUUGGAGGUUCACUUGAUGCCAAUGGGGCCGGAUUUUGGGCAUGCAGGACUUCCGGCCAGGAUUGUCCGGUCGGAGCAAGGUCGAUUACGUUUAAUUGGGUUAACGACGCCACGAUUACUGGGUUAACCUCGAUUAAUAGCCAGCUAAUGCACCUUGUGAUCAAUAGCUGCAAGAACGUGAAGGUGAGUAAUGUGAAGAUCAUAGCUCCAAACCUAAGCCCUAACACAGAUGGGAUUCAUGUGCAGUCCUCAACUGGGGUUACCAUUACCAAUACCAUGAUUAAAACAGGGGAUGAUUGUAUAUCAAUUGGGCCUGGCACAAGGAACUUGUGGAUGGACCAAAUACAAUGUGGCCCAGGACAUGGAAUUAGUAUUGGGAGUUUGGGCCGAGAUUUCAACGAGGAUGGUGUUGAGAAUGUGACGUUGGUAAACUCGGUUUUCACUGGGUCAGAUAAUGGGCUGAGGAUCAAAACAUGGGCCAGGCCCAGCAUAGGGUUUGUGAGAAAUAUCAAUUAUCGGAACAUUGUUAUGAACAACGUUGAGAACCCAAUUAUUAUAGACCAAAAUUAUUGCCCCAACAACCAAGGCUGUCCUCUACAGAGUUCUGGAAUAAAGAUUAGUGAAGUGACAUACCAAAAUAUUAGAGGAACUUCAGCAACACAGGUUGCCAUGGCUUUUGAUUGUAGCCCCACCAGCCCAUGCACAGGCAUCAAACUGAGUGACAUAAAAAUCACAUUUUUGAGCUCAAGAAAGGCACAAUCCUUCUGCAAAAACAUAGGCGGGACUACCGGUGGUGUGAUCAUGCCCGAAAAUUGUUUGUAA